UUGGCGGACGCAAUAAACCUUCCAGAAACCAGCGAAAAAGCGCCCCCAAUCCAGCACACGCACACACCACCGCCGGGGCAGACAGGCAGGCAGAUCAGCCGCACCUCCCCGCCGCCCACCUACGACGACCGCCGCGGCCGAAUCAAAACCCCUUCCUCCUCCUCCCCGCGCGGAGGCGCCGAUCCAUUCCGCCGCCCCGCAGGGUUUUGCUCCCCCGAUCCGGGCGCCAGAUCUCGCGCGGCGGCACGCGGAUCUGGGGUUUCUAGAAGCGGCGGUGGGGGCAGCCAGGGGAGGAGGAGAUGGCGCUCUCGGGGAUGCGGGGGCUCUCGGUCUUCAUCAGCGACAUACGCAACUGCCACAACAAGGAGCAGGAGCGCCUCCGCGUCGACAAGGAGCUAGGCAACAUCCGCACGCGGUUCAAAAAUGAGAAGGGCUUAUCACCAUAUGAGAAGAAAAAGUAUGUAUGGAAAAUGCUUUACAUUUAUAUGCUAGGUUAUGAUGUUGAUUUUGGGCAUAUGGAAACUGUUUCUUUGAUAUCAGCACCAAAAUACCCCGAGAAGCAGGUUGGGUAUAUCGUGACAUCUUGCUUACUUAAUGAGAACAAUGAUUUCCUAAGGAUGGUAAUAAAUACAGUGCGGAAUGACAUAAUUGGACGAAAUGAGACUUUCCAGUGCUUAGCAUUGACAAUGGUGGGUAACAUUGGUGGGAAAGAAUUUUCUGAGUCACUAGCCCCAGAUGUCCAGAAACUUCUUAUAUCAAGUAGCUGCCGUCCUGUUGUCAGAAAGAAGGCUGCUCUAUGCCUUUUACGGCUUUAUAGGAAGAAUCCUGAUGUUGUGAAUAUUGAUGGCUGGGCUGAUCGAAUGGCACAACUUCUAGAUGAGCGUGACCUAGGUGUGCUAACAUCUGUCAUGAGCCUUUUUGUUUCACUAGUAUCCAACAAUGCUGAAGCAUAUUGGAAUUGUCUUCCAAAAUGUGUAAGAAUAUUGGAGAGGUUAGCAAGAAAUCAAGAUAUUCCACAAGAAUACACUUACUAUGGAAUCCCAUCCCCUUGGCUUCAGGUUAAGACAAUGAGGGCUCUUCAGUACUUCCCUACCAUUGAAGAUCCCAAUGCAAGACGAGCUUUGUUUGAGGUUUUACAGCGCAUUUUGAUGGGCACUGAUGUUGUUAAAAACGUUAACAAGAAUAAUGCCUCACAUGCUGUUCUCUUUGAAGCUCUUGCUCUGGUCAUGCAUCUGGAUGCUGAAAAGGAGAUGAUGUCACAGUGCGUGGCUCUUCUUGGGAAGUUUAUUGCAGUCCGGGAACCAAAUAUUCGGUAUCUUGGUCUGGAAAACAUGACGAGGAUGCUGUUAGUAACAGAUGUGCAGGAUAUCAUCAAAAGGCACCAGGCUCAGAUCAUUACAUCUUUGAAGGAUCCAGAUAUCAGCAUUAGACGGAGGGCUCUUGAUUUACUAUAUGGUAUGUGUGAUGUUACAAAUGCGAAGGAAAUUGUUGAGGAGUUGUUGCAGUAUCUUAACACAGCCGAAUUUGCAAUGCGUGAAGAGCUGUCUCUGAAGGCAGCUAUUCUUGCAGAGAAGUUUGCUCCAGAUCUUUCAUGGUAUGUUGAUGUUAUUCUUCAGCUUAUAGAUAAAGCAGGAGAUUUUGUAAGUGAUGAUAUAUGGUAUCGAGUGGUGCAAUUUGUCACUAACAACGAAGAUCUGCAGCCAUAUGCUGCAGCAAAGGCGAGAGAAUAUCUUGAUAAGCCUGCUAUGCAUGAGACUAUGGUCAAGGUGAGUGCUUACCUUCUUGGAGAGUAUGGCCAUCUUUUGGCCCGGAGACCUGGUUGUAGCCCUAAGGAACUGUUUGCUAUUAUAAAUGAUAAACUUCCGACAGUAUCGACAAGUACUGUUGCCAUUCUUCUCUCAACCUAUGCCAAGAUAUUGAUGCACACUCAACCUCCUGAUGUUGGAUUGCAGCAACAAAUCCUCACAAUAUUUAAAAAGUAUGAGAGCUAUAUUGAUGUUGAAAUACAACAGAGAGCAGUUGAAUAUUUUGAACUAAGCAGAAAAGGCUCUGCUUUGGCAGAUGUGUUGGCCGAAAUGCCAAAAUUCCCGGAACGUGAGUCUGCUUUGCUGAAGAAGGCUGAAGAUGCUGAAGUUGACACAGCAGAGCAGAGUGCUAUAAAGCUACGAAGUCAGCAACAAACUUCCAGUGCUCUUGUUGUAGCUGAUCAACCCUCUGCAAAUGGAUCAACGCCAGCAGCUAAUCAUCUAACUCUUGUGAAGAUGCCAAGCCAAACUGUUACUGAUAGUCAGGAGAGCAGUGCAACUUAUGAAGAAGCUCCCAACCCUCCCGUCGAAGCUCCCAAAGAAAAUGGUCCUGUUGAAGUUAGCGAAGCCACAAACAUUACUGAGACCAACCAUGAGACUAAAGUUGAACCUCCUUCGACAUCCCGUUCAACUUCUCCCGCAGACCUCCUAGCAGAUCUUUUGGGUCCUCUUGCGAUUGAGGGCCCUCCUGCUGUAGAGCAAUAUCCUGCCCAAGGAUUGGACGCCAAUCAAAGUCCAGUAGGUGACUUGGCACUAGCUACCCUUGAGGAUCAGUCCAACUCAGUUCAGCCGAUUGUCAAUGUUGAGGAGAAGUUUCAUAUAUUGUGCACAAAAGAUAGUGGAGUGCUGUAUGAGGAUCCUCACAUUCAGAUUGGUUUGAAAGCGGAAUGGCGUGCCCAUCAUGGUCGUCUUGUUCUGUUCCUAGGGAACAAAAAUACUUCACCUCUUAUGUCAGUGCGAGCUCUGAUUUUACCUCCUAGUCAUUUAAAAAUGGAGCUCUCGUCAGUUCCAGAUACUAUCCCUCCAAGAGCGCAGGUGCAAGUUCCUCUUGAGGUCGCAAAUCUCCGUGCAAGUAGAGAUGUUGCUGUUCUUGAUUUCUCAUAUACGUUUGGAACUGCACUGGUGGAUGCCAAACUUCGACUCCCUGUUGUCUUGAAUAAAUUUUUGCAACCUAUAACUCUUAGCCCUGAAGAAUUUUUCCCCCAGUGGAAGGCACUAACUGUUCAUUUGCUGAAGGUUCAAGAAGUGGUAAAAGGUGUGAAACCGCUGCCUCUUCCUGAGAUAGCUAAUCUUUUCAUGAGCCUUCACUUGGCGGUUGCUCCUGGACUUGAUAACAACCUGAACAAUCUGGUUGCGUGCACUACAUUCUUUUCUGAAGCAACACGUGCGAUGCUUUGUCUGAUAAGAGUUGAAACAGAUCCACAAGACAGGACACAACUCCGGCUAACAGUUGCAUCGGGCGACCAAUAUUUGACAUUCGAGUUGAAGGAAUUCAUCAAGGAGCAUUUGAUCGAUAUCCCAAGGACUCAGGCAGCCCCACCUCCAGCCCCGGUACAGCCACAAUUGCCUGCUGCCGCACCUGCCACAUACAAUGACCCCGGUGCCAUGCUUGCUGGAUUGCUAUGAGAAUGAGAAUUAAAAACAAAAACAAUAGCGUUUUGAUGUACAUGACAGUUGUUUAAUACGAGGAUCUAACAUCUCCACAAGCAUCUUGCUGCCAACACAACGGGUGGAACAAAGAAAGGGCUGGCGGAGUAGACUUGAGCUGGAUUCUUCACCGGGAAAGCGCUAGAUUCUUUUGGGCCUGUUGCGAGGCCCCUCCAUGGAGCAGUUGCCAUAUUGUGUAAUCUUAAUUUGUUGUUUGUCAUUACCAUCCCAUCCCUUUUUGGCCCAUUUGUAUAACUUGUAUUGCCCAGGUCUGGUGGUGAAUAUCGGUAGUUUUGUGUGUUUAUAUAAGGUGCUAGGUUUUCCACCAAGCCGAUUGUAAAGUUGCCUUUAUGCGCAUUGCAUUACAAUUUGUACCAAUAAAGGUUGGAAUAGGGAAAGGAAAUUAAUAGGUUUUGUUUUGUUCA